AUGAAUUUCACAAAGAACGUCGAUUUCUCCCCUUCCAAACUCUCUGCCGUCUGGAUUGCUGUCAUCGGCGCAUUUCUCUUCGUCCUCGCUGACUAUAUUCGCAUACUUCUCCUCCGUCGGAAAUUGCCACCUGGCCCAUUCCCAAUUCCUGUUUUUGGGAACUACUUCUCGCUUUCAGUUGUGAGGCCUUGGCUCCAGUAUGAGAAAUGGGCGAAAGUGUACAAGAGUCCCAUGACUACGGUGUGGAACGGCUCGACCCCGAUCAUAAUAUGCAACGACUGCUGGACCAUCAGCGAUCUUCUUGAGAAGAGAGCUGCGAUAUACAGCAGUCGCCCUAAGUUGAUCGUCAUGGGGGAAAUCUCUGGCGCAUCAACCAGCAACCAGGUUAUCCAGCCAUACGGGAGCCGGUGGAAGCUCCAUCGCAAGUUAAUGCAAUCUGCAGUCGGUAAUUCCGCUGCUCGUCGUCACCGGGAAUUCCAAGAUGCGGAGUCUAAAGUGCUUACUCAUGACCUCAUAACGACCCCAGAUCAAUACGUGCAAGCAAUCGAACGGUACUCGGUUAGCGUUGUGAGCAUCGUCGGCUGGGGCAAACGGAUCGACAGCAUGAACAGUGAGAUUGGCAACUUUGCCUUGAAGAUGAUGGAGGGUGUCGACCUUGUUAUUCCCGGACUGUACUUGAUGGAGACAAUUCCAUUUCUUUGUAAGCUUCCAGCAUGGAUCUAUGCUUUCCCAUCCAAAUUCCAGGCCAAAACACAAUGGAUGAUGAGUUACUUCUACAAUUUUUGCGAGCAAGCUGCCAGUCGAAAAGAAGAAUGCUUCUCGACUCAACUGUUGAGAGAGAAAGUCUCAAGCGCCCUAACCGAGGACGAAAUCGGAAACAUGACUUUCAAUUUGAUUGGUGGUGGGGUUGAUACUACAAGUUCGACCACCAUCAGCUUCGUCCUCGCCAUGUGCGCAUUCCCGGAAAUUCAGUCAAAAGCACACGAGGAGCUCGAUCGUGUUGUCGGGCGCCUUCGUGCGCCAAACGCCAACGACAACGAGGAGUCACUACCGUACAUAUCUGCUCUGGUCAAGGAAGUGUUGAGGUGGCGUACUGUGACGGUUUUGGGUGCCGUUCCCCAUACACCAAUACAAGAUGACUGGUAUGAGAGAUACUACAUCCCCAAAGGAACGUGGAUUAUGGGAAAUGUCUGGGCCAUCCAUCGAAAUCCGAGAGAUUUCCCAGAUCCAGAUCGAUUUGACCCGGAGAGAUUCAUCAAGGGCUCGACAAUCGCAAGACCGUAUCCAAACCUCAGAGGACACAAUGCAUUUGGCUGGGGUCGGAGGGUGUGCAGUGGACAGCCACUCGCUGAACAAGGCUUGUUCAUGACCAUCUCGAGAAUGCUGUGGGCAUUCAACAUCAAACCAGGACUUGACAGCCAGGGACGGGAAAUCAAGCCUAAUAUCUUUGCAUUUACCAAUUGUGAGAACAUGCGUCCACAACCUUUUGCGGCACGCUUCAUACCGAGGGACGCUGAAAUUAAGAAUAUAAUUGAAGAUGAAGCACAAACAGCUCGAGACAGACUCAAGCAAUACGACUGGUAG